AUGGAUUUCCUAUCGCGAGGGGUGAAGCGACAGGUUUUUGUGACUUUUGUAUCUGUACAGUAUCCUGACGGUGUCAGAAAAAACAGCCGACGGGCUUCUGACCUUGCAGGGUUACAUUGCCUCCCACUUCUUCCAAUCAAUGGAUCCUGGCCAACUAGUUUUGGCGAAGCGACCGAAAGAUCUAGUAUUGGGCCAAAAGAUUUGGCAAAACUUAGCGCAUAA